AUGACUGCUCUUGGUUACGGUCUGAGUUUCUCCAUAUCAAAUAGAGAUGUGAAUUAUGCAAAUAUUGCCAAAAGUUUUUGCAAUUUGGAGAAAUCUAGUCUGGAUGAGAAAGGUCUGGAUGAGAAAGGUCUGGAUGAGAAAGGUCUGGAUGAGAAAGGUCUGGAUGAGGAAGGUCAGGCUGAGGAAGGUCUGGAUGAGAAAGUUCUGGAUGAGGAAGGUCAGGCUGAGAAAGGUCUGGAUGAGGAAGGUCUGGAUGAGAAAGGUCAGGCUGAGAAAGGUCAGGCUAAGGAAGGUCAGGCUAAGGAAGGUCUGGAUGAGGAAGAAAGUAUUGAAGGAAGUUUUCAAGAAAGUAUUGAAGAAAGUAUUGAAGAAAGUUUUCAAGAAAGUAUUGAAGAAAGUUUUCAAGAAAGUAUUGAAGAAAGUUUUCAAGAAAGUAUUGAAGAAAGUUUUCAAGAAAGUAUUGAAGAAUGUUUUCAAGAAAGUAUUCAAGAAAGUAUUCAAGAAAGAAUUCAAGAAAGUUUUCAAGAAAGAAUUCAAGAAAGUAUUCAAGAAAGUAUUCAAGAAAGUUUACAAAUAUUCAAGAAAGUUCAAGAAAGUAUUGAAAUAAGUUUUCAAGAAAGUAUUGAAGAAAGUUUUCAAGAAAGUAUUGAAGAAAGUUUUCAAGAAAGUAUUGAAGAAAGUUUUCAAGAAAGUAUUGAAGAAUGUUUUCAAGAAAGAAUUCAAGAAAGUUUUCAAGAAAGUAUUGAAGAAUGUUUUCAAGAAAGAAUUAAAAAAAGUUUUCAAGAAAGUAUUCAAGAAAGUAUUCAAAAAAGAAUUCAAGAAAGUUUUAAAGAAAAAAUUCAAGGAAGUUUUCAAGAAAGUUUUCAAGAAAGUAUUCAAGAAAGUUUACAAAUAUUCAAGAAAGUUCAAGAAAGUAUUGAAGGAAGUUUUCAAGAAAGUAUUGAAGAAAGUUUUCAAGAAAGUAUUGAAGAAAGUUUUCAAGAAAGUAUUGAAGAAAGUUUUCAAGAAAGUAUUGAAGAAUGUUUUCAAGAAAGAAUUCAAGAAAGUUUUCAAGAAAGUAUUGAAGAAUGUUUUCAAGAAAGAAUUCAAGAAAGAAUUCAAGAAAGUGUUCAAGAAAGUAUUGAAGAAUGUUUUCAAGAAAGAAUUCAAGAAAGUUUUCAAGAAAGUAUUGAAGAAGUUUUCAAGAAAGUAUUGAAGAAAGUUUACAAAUAUUCAAGAAAGUUUUCAAGAAAGUAUUGA